AUGGAUAAUGACAACACUGGCAACAAUCCAUCAGCAGCCACCACUGCAAUGCCAGGAAGGAACCUCAAGAAGCAGUUCAACUCAUUGCUAACCAAACCUAGACGUCCAUUACGUGAAACUAGCAGCAAUAUACCAUCUCCUGCACGUCGAUUAGCAGGAGAAGAGCUUUACAAUUGGCAACAGUCAUGGCGGAAGAUUAUGCGCGAAUCUACGGUAUAUUUUGAAGACGUCCAAGAAUUGGGCCGGAUGCAAACCACGGAAUACAGACGUGCAUCGAAACUAUUAAAGUUGGUUGGAUGUGCAAUCACUCCCUUUUACGAUAAUACCGUAUCAAUCAUUGUAUCUAGACGCCACUAUGAUGCAAAAAAGACAUAUCCUUCCAAUGACAUAUUUUCCAAUGUUGCAAGUUUGAAAAUCAAAGUGUGGAACUAUGAGAAGGUGUUUCGAUUCUUGAAGAAUUUGGGGGUAAACAUUCUCACCGGAGUUGAUGAAAAUGCUUUAAACACACAUACUAUUCUACCACCAUCAUUGACUACAGAUUCAACCAGCAAGACCAAUCGUGAUAAUUUAUACAAUUUAUUAAAGGAAGAAAAAAUAUAUGGGUCAACUGAUAGAGAUCCCAAUGCAAAAAGAGAUGAUUUGCACUAUUUGGGAAAGAAUUACUUGUUUGUAUAUGACUUAUUACAAAAGGUUCGUCCUAUUGCUGUCAGAGAAUGGCACGAUGAUCAUAGCUAUACCACCUUGAACUUGACAAUGGAUGGUAAGUGUCCGUUCAUCUUUGAUCCUUCCGAAAAUUCAAACACAGAACGUAAACGGUUGAGACGGGCUCGUAAAUUCGAAGCUAGUCAAGAGUAUCGCGAGUCAUUAAAACAAGCCACUUAUAAUAUCAUUAACAACAUCAAAAACGGUGGGGUUUCAUUGCAUGUGUCUGGGUUCAGUGGCACCAGCACCAGCACCGACAAGAUGAUUCACGAGGAAGAUUUUAUCCCACAAGACCAAAACACUACCGUGAUUCAAAAUUCUAAUUCAACCAGCUCCCGCAAAUCUCUGGUUGAAUGGACUUCAGAUGCCAAGCCUCUCAAGUUCAGACAGCCUAUCCCUCCUGCAUUGGCUAGAAACUCAUCAUGUGUACAAUCCAUUACCACCACCGGCAAAACCUUUGAUGUAUUUGCUGCAUCAGGGUAUAACAGUGCAUCCAAUGCCGUGCAAUUUUCGAUGGAUUCCAAUUUGAAUAGCAACGCUGCCGCAAUGGUUGGCAAUGGAUUAGGACCCAUGAUGUCCCAAGUACCUCUGAGAAACUUAAACAAUCUCAAGCGGAGAAUCAUCAUGAAGAAACAGCAGCGUAAGACCAGUCCACCCAAGAGUAAAGAUGUGCGCGAGCUGAAUCCGGGAUAUUGUGAAAACUGUCGGGCCAAGUACGAUUGCUUUGAAGAUCAUAUUAAGAGUAACAGACAUCGCAAUUUUGCCUGCGAUGAUUCUAAUUUCAAAGAUAUUGAUGAGUUGAUUACCAAGUUGAAUGAAAGCAGAUCCUUUGGAUUUGUCGCUUCAAGCGGGGAUUAUCUUUAGCUGUAUUUAGGCUAUAUAUAUGAUUGCAUUUGUAUAAUACAAGCAAAACCUAUUCUAAUACUACGUAGACAAAGAGUAAAAUGAAUAGCAAAAUAACCAUAGAAACAGCUAAAACUACAAUUCAUGCUGCACAAGCUCUGGCCACGAGGGUGGGGGCUAAUUCAAAUACUUCAAGUACUGGCCGGUGAUCGCUGAACCGAUACUGAUCAUACAACAUAUUAUCCAAAACUGCAUGCAGAAGUGACACAAGAUUGCCUUUAGAAAAGACAUAAUCGAUUGUACUACCUUUCCCGCCUGAUUGAAAUCCGGAAACAGUGGGUAGUUCCAAAGGGUCCCCAUGCUCCUUUACCACAUCAGACAAUAUCAGAUAAGCAACGCUGGUUCUUUCGCUGUUGAGAUCGCCAGCAACAAUAGUGGGAUUCCCAAGACCAAUGGCAUCCACAUGCUUUAAAAUCUCAUAGGCUUGAA